AAGACGUCAGUCGAGGUGCCGUGGUCAGGACGGACCAGAGAGACCCCCAAAUAUGGCGUGUAUGACCGGCAAUUAAUGUAUGAAAAUAAAUCUCACAAGACAUUCUAAGAUGGGAAUUGUUAUACAUUGCGAGGACUACUAGACAUGAACAUCUGCGACAUAGUGUAUGUGUGGUGUUGUAGUUUGUGAUAAACAUGCGUUAGGAAUUCAUGGGCAGCAGCAUACAUACAUCCAGAGAGGUGAUGGGUUACACUACCACUCUCUUAAAGUAAAAGAAAGUAGCAGGAAGUCGAGGAAAGCAACCGGAAGCCAAGGAAAGCAACAGGAAGCCGAGGAAAGCAACAGGAAGCCAAGGAAAGCAACAGGAAGCCGAGGAAAGCCACAGGAAGCCAAGGAAAGCCACAGGAAGCCAAGGAAAGCAACAGGAAGCCAAGGAAAGCAACAGGAAGCCAAGGAAAGCAACAGGAAGCCAAGGAAAGCCACAGGAAGCCAACGAAAGCCACAGGAAGCCAAGGAAAGCCACAGGAAGCCAAGGAAAGCCACAGGAAGCCAAGGAAAGCAACAGGAAGCCAAGGAAAGCAACAGGAAGCCAAGGAGAGAAACAGGAAGCCAAGGAAAGCAACAAGAAACCGAGGAAAGUAGGAGGAACUAGAGGAAUUAGUGGAGUACCUGCUGUGAGAGUGAGAGAGCCACAAGGUGGACCUGGGAGCCACGAAGCCAGUUGGUUGGUGACUGGUAUUGGUAGUUUCUCUCUCCUCUGACCACCACCACCACCAGCAGCACCGUCGCCGCCUUCUGCGUCACCUGUGGGGCCUCUGCUUCACCCUACUCCUUCACCAGUCAUGGACCAGCAGGACGGAGGCCCUGUUUGGAAACAUUCGUCUGGGGACCUCCACUCUCGGCUCAAGACCCGAAAGAUACUGGGAGUCGGGGAAACCGACAAUGGGGAUAUCCACAGGUCCAAGAUCUCACAGGUGCUGGGUCACAAUGAGCACUUGUACGUGCGGCUGCCCCGAGGCUUCUGGUCCGCCCACGUCCUGAUGGGCGCCGGAGUCACGGUGGAGACCCUCCUGCUGCUGCUCUUCCCCGGCAUCGCCGCCCACCUGGGGGUCAUGCCCCCUGACAUGACGGAGGCUGAUGAUGAUCCUCAGGGCGCCGGCGUCACCGCCUCCCGCGUCGCCGGUGCUGCUUUGGCAGGUCUGUGCGUGUUCGUGUGGUCACUGCUUGGGACCUCAGACAAGCACUAUGCUCGCACAAUGCUCCUCUCCAUGCUCACCUACCACAUACUCUCCAUCUGUGUUGGGGCUGCCUCUGCUUUCACACAACAGAAUGAAGAUGAAGCAUUGCUCGAGAAUCGUCUAGUGAUGAUUAUAGGCAUGCGAGCAGUGAUGUGUCUGAUCUGUCUAGCCUACUUCUACUCCAUUGCUGGUUACACUCCCAUACGCGGGCAGAAACCGAGUGGCUUCCGGCAACCCAGCCAGGGCCCCAAAGAACAUUAAGGAAUGAUGGCUGAGCAGCUGUGUUGCAGUAGGACUGGGGACCCUUAACCCUUACACUGUUUCAAUCGCUAUCUGCGAUUUCUUCCUGUGCUCAAAUCACCAUAUGUGAUUUAGCCUUUGGGUUUUCAAUACUUUUUUCCCAUGCACACCUGGUUGUAGAACUUUUAAAUAGCUUAGCAGUUUAAGGG